UCUAUUUUACAUCAUGAUUUUAUAUUUCUCUUUUUGGGGUAUUUUUUUUCUGUUAUUUGAUGUCGACGGGUUGUUAUGGCAACUUGCCGACAAAGAGACCAUUGAUUCUCCUGAAGAGCGGGUCGAAGUGAAACUCGUCGAGGAGAGCGGGGAAGACAUUUGGCACGGCCAUUUAAAAGAAUGGUUGACAUUUGAAGUGUCUGACCCUGAACGACCUGACGGAAAUUUUUCUAUACAUCUGCGACACAACAGAAAUGUGAACGUGCCGCGACCAAUCUAUGUAAUGAGGGAGGGGCGUAUUGUGCCUCAAACUGUGCCUGCACUAAAGCAUGUGGAGUUUUACCAAGGUGCAGAGGGACUCGCCUCUAUUGGGAUCACUUGUGAACUACAAAAGGGAGGGUGGAAGCAAUUCGAGGUUGAGGGAGUUCUUCAAAGAGGCGAUAAGUCGUACCUUAUCUAUCCAGAGAGAACAUCACCGGACUUUUUGGCUAAUGGCGAAUUUCACAGGCAUAUCCUUAAAAGAAUAAAUCAAACGGAAGAAGUUUUCGAAACUGACUAUAUACUGCCAGAUAAUUCAACCGUUUUUGAUGAGCAUUUGCCACAUCGACCUAAGAGGCAAGGCUUCAAGACAUACAAAGUGGAAAUGUUGGUUGCUUUGGAUUACUCCAUUUAUCAAUACUGGUCUUCACAAACAAGCGGAAAUAAUAACAAUCAACAUGAGUUAACAUUACAGUCCAUUCAGCAGUAUUAUGCCUAUUUCCUAAAUGGGAUAGAUCUCAGGUACAAGAAUAUCAAAGAGAAUGACUUUGCCAUUAACGUCCUCCAUUCUGGACUGUUCGUUGCGGAUUCAAGUUCUGUUUCGGUGUGGACGCACGGAAAGACGUCACCAAACACUGACAAUCCUGAACGGGCGUUGUUGGAAGCUAGCUCUGCGCUGGAAGCGUUUACCUCCUGGGUUGGUUCCCGCUCAGACCUACCUAAACACGAUCACGCUAUGGCAUUUACUUCAUAUGAUUUAUCGACUCAGGGCAAGAAUUCAGUAGCCGGUUUGGCCUACAUCAGUGGAGUCUGCAAACAAAGGGCUACCUCAAUAUCCGAGAAUUUCUUCAGUUUUCGAGGUUUGGUUACCGCUGCUCAUGAACUGGGUCAUAAUUUAGGCUCCAAGCAUGAUGGUGAUGGUAAUAGUUGUGACACCGACCAGCAGUACAUAAUGAGCAGUGUGUCUGGCCCCCCGUCUGCAGGCACAGCUCUUCACCCUUGGUUCUUCUCUACCUGUUCGAUAACCCAGUUCAGGACUUUGAUGCAAGAACUUGACAGAACUGGUUCAAACUGCCUGUUAUCCGAAAACCCUGGAUAUGAUUCCAAUUACCUGGGCCCUUACCUGACUACACAGCCGGGUCAGUACUACGACGGGGAUACACAGUGCGUCUAUUCUUUGGGACAAGGCUCCUUUGUAUGUAGGCAAAUCUACGAGAGCACGGGAUACGCUGAAGUCUGUUCAGGUUUAUUUUGCCUCAUGCCGGACUCUAGCAGCUGUAAGCGGAUCUUCCCAGCUAAGGGCACGUCAUGUGGAAACAGGAAGUGGUGUGUGAAUGGUGAGUGCGUGUACGACACAAAUGCCCCAGCUGUAUCCGAUUCAUGUCCGUUUGGAGAUGAGCCUGGUGUCGUUACGGACGGUAAGACUUGCUCUCAGUUGAUACGUGAGCGGUCCGAUGCGUGUAAUUAUUAUUCCAAGCCAUGCUGUGGCUCCUGCUCGCUCAACCAACCCUCCCAACCAACAGAAUCCCCCCAACAAACGCAGGACACAGGUUGCCAGUACGAUCAGGCGUCCUACUGUGGGUCAAUCACUCCAGGGCAGUGUUACAGUUCAGCUCAGGAAUGCUGCCGCACAUGUGCGAACUACUAUAAUCCCGAUGCAGCGCCAGGUUGUGAGUAUGGGGACUUGUGGGACGAAUGUAACCAUAGCCAGUGUUCCAUGUACAGCCAGACAGUCCGGGAUUAUUGCUGCCAAACAUGCAGCUCGACCAGCCAACCCAACGCACCGGCAACAACCACGUCACCAUGGCCGACCAGCCCACCUCAAACCACUACCCAAAACUGGACUGAGACAAAAACUCCGUGGAAAUGGUGGUUGACCACGCGGCCAAUGGGCAAAACGCCAAGCUCAGUCCAUUCAUUACGAUCGUUUAACAGCAGUGAAUGUAAUCUGAUGAACCCGGCCACAGGAGCGAUGAAUGUGUUCUUCUCAGUGCUGAAACCGUUACCAAUAUUCGGCAUCACUUUUUCAGACCAAAUAAUGAUGGACAAAGCAGUGGCCAACGACGAAUUACAAGAACACCACAAAAAGGAUUUUGUCUACGUCUAUGCCCCGCUUUCCUGUGGACUGGUGCCAUCAAUCUCUCCAUUCGCCCUAAAGUUGGAGACAUGGCUCCGCAUGAUGGAUAUCCCAUACAAGACGAUUCCAAGCAAGACACCCUCUACCAAAACCAAGCAGUUUCCAUUUGUGUAUUUGAACGGUGAAGAGAUAUGUGACAGUAACCUCAUCAUACGGAAGCUCUCUGAUCAUUUUUGUAAACCAAUAGACAGCCAUUUGUCACAGGUGGAAAAAGCCAUAUCUUUGUCAUUCAUCAGGAUGGUUGAAGAGCACACAUUUCAAGCAUAUAUAUGGUACCGUUACGUGCACGCGUCCACUGAUUUUUGGGGCUGUUUUAACUUCAGCGAUCAAGGAGCCGAUGUGGUCAAGAGAUACAGCUUUGUUGAGAAUGUCGUUAAAGAGAACGUAACACAGAAAUCUUGGCAUCACGGGAUUGGCAGAAAGUCGGCAGACGACAUCUAUGCAAUUGCGGAAGCCGAUCUUGAAGCUAUGUCCUCGUUCCUUGCUGACAAAGAUUUCAUGAUGGGCGAUAAAACGUCGUUGGUGGACUGCGCCUUGUUCGGACACUUUGUCCAGUUGUUUUACAUUCCAUUUAAUUUUCCGCCAAAGAUCCAUGCAGAGACAAAAUGUCCAAACCUUGUUAGCUUUACAAACCGGAUGCGUGACCGAUUCUUUCCUGACUGGGACCAGCGAUGUCAGUCAAAGGUUAAGAGUUCUGUAAUUUCUUCUUAG